GCUCAUCCUGUGGCCUCGGAUAGAAAGCGUCGAAGUCGAACAAUUGAAUCGGACCCAAACCCUAACCGAAGCCCUCUUUCUCUGGAGAAGACGACGACGAAGGGAGACUAAGGCGAUCAUGGCGUUCACGUCUCGCUUACUAUCCAAGUCCAGACAGCUAUAUGGAAGUCAAAUCAUUUUACAGAAGGAAUAUGCCAUUCCUGUCCGUAGCUUUGCCAAAGAAGCUGCUCCACCUGCUCUCAAGGGAGAUGAGAUGUUGAAGAACAUCUUCCUGGAGGUUAAGAAGAAAUUUGAGACUGCCAUUGGGAUUCUGAGGAAAGAAAAGAUCACCAUUGAUCCCGAUGAUCAAGCUGCUGUGGCUCAAUAUGCCAAGGUUAUGAAGACGAUAAGAGAAAAGGCAGACUGUUUCUCUGAAUCUCAGAGAAUCCAAUUUACAAUUCAAUCGCGUACAGCAGAUAUUCAGGAUGCUCGCACAUAUCUCCUGAUGUUGAGGGAAAUUCGGCUGAAGAGAGGGCUUACUGAUGAACUGGGUGCAGAGGCUAUGAUGAUGGAUGCACUGGAGAAAAUAGAGAAAGAAAUUAAGAAACCUCUGCUGAGGAAUGACAAGAAGGGAAUGGCUCUUCUUAUGGCUGAAUUUGAUAAGAUCAACAAGAAGCUUGGAAUUCGGAAGGAAGAUCUUCCAAAGUAUGAAGAGCAACUAGAGCUUAAAAUUGCCAAAGCCCAAUUGGAGGAGCUCAAGAAAGAUGCUCUUGAAGCAAUGGAAACUCAGAAAAAGAGGGAAGAAUUCAAGGACGAGCAGAUGGUAGAUGUGAAGUCUCUCGACGUCAGGAACUUCAUUUAAGUCGGGGAUUUUCUCUUCAUCGGUUUAUGAUAUUGUUCAGGACGAGAGAAAAGGAUUGAGUUAUUUGUUGCUCGUGCUCUCUCCCCGGGUUUUCCAGUCAAAUAAGAGAGGACCCUUGUAAUUCAGUGCUUUGUUUUUGUCGCCGAAAGUUAAUCUUCCAUUUCGGAUGGCUUUGAGAUCUAUGUCCCAAAUUAAAAUAAGCUUCAGAGCUUGCGAUGGUGGUGGUGUUUUAUA